AUGGGUAAAGAGGACAUUGAUCUCAAUACCAUGAAUAUUACCGUUGCAGCUCACAAAAGCUAUCCUUCAUCAGAAAGUUUAAAGGAACCUCCAAUCGACCAAAAUGAAUUAAUGGCUGCAGCAUCCAUUGCUGGAUCAUUGGAUCUACAUUAUGAGGAUGAAUUUACUUUAUCAACAAAUUUCCAUAAUGGAGUUUCCUACCCAUCGGCAGCCUUCUCGGUGGAUGAUAUCGAAGCAGCGAAGAAAAGAACAUUGCGAGCAUCAAAUCCAACCAUUUUAAUUGGCGAAAAUGGCCUAGAUUCCUUGCCAUCUCUCAAGACGACCCAAAAUAAGAAGAAAAUAGACAGGCCAAAGUCGAUCGCAGUCAAUGAUGAAGAGGAUAAGGACAGGUAUAAUUUAGGCUAUUUUAUCCUCUUCCUCUUUGGCAUGACCACCUUAUUGCCAUGGUAUACCUAUAUCACUGCGACAGCGUAUUAUGAAGAUUACAAAUUUAAACAAGUGGAUGACCGUCGUAAUUUUAAGCAAGAUUUUCAAAGUUUUAUUGCCUUGGCUGCUUCUAUCCCUAAUCUUGUCGUUAUGGUUAUAAAUAUUUUCUUACAGCAUCGGAUAUCCCUCAUAGCCCGUUUUGUAGGAUCUUUAAUAGCAAUUAUUUCUAUCUUUGCCGUAACUUUAAUCUUUAUUUACAUUGAUACGUCAGCAUCUGCAUCAUCAUUAUUCCAGAGUUCGACUUUUGGGUUAGCCGGCCAUUUCCCACAAAAAUACACUCAAGCCGUAGCAAAUGGCCAGGGACUGAUUGGUACUGCUAUUCCAGUUAUUGCAGUACUCAGCGUUGUUGUUAAUCCAAAUCCAACAGACAGUGCUUUAGCUUAUUUCCUUUCCUGCCUAUUUGUUUUAAUCUUAACGUUGGUCAGUCUUAUUUAUCUAACUAAAAUGAAAUUUAUUAAGAAUCAUGUCAGUCUUAGAAACAGAAGGAAAAGUGUAAUACGAAAUGGAAAGGAAGUUGAAAUUGGUAAGGUAAAGCCAGAAUAUCGUAAAGUUUUUAAACAGAUUUGGCUAUUGCUAUUCUCAAAUUGGCUCAAUUUUUUUAUCACAUUGGCAUGUUUCCCUGCCGUCUGUGCUAAUAUAAGAUCGAUGGAUAGCGAUCCUGAUCAUCUUUGGAGUGGAAAGUUAUUCACGCCUGUAGCAACAUUUUUAAUGUUCGGAUUAACGGACUGGAUAGGCAAAGCAGCAGCAGCAUGGAUACCUGUGCCAAAGAGACAUCAAGUUUGGUUGGUAAUAUGUCGAAUCGCUUUCGUACCAGUAUUUAUUUUCUGCAAUUAUAAACCUCAUCUUCGGACUAUACCCGUCAUUUUUAACCACGAUGGAUAUUACUUUGUAUUUAUGAUUCUAUUUGGAUUAAGUAACGGCUUAAUUGGGACGCGAAUUAUGAUGUCUGCUCCUGAUUCUGAAUGUGUUAUUCUCAAACCAAAAAUCUACAGAUCAGUAGCACCAAACCAACGCGGAUUAGCAGGGACGAUGAUGUCUGCUUUUGUCGUCAUUGGAAUAUUUACUGGGUCUUUACUCUCUCUCCUCAUCUCUCACUUAGUUCAAAUGUAA